GAUGCAAUCUUGGAUUGGCUUUUAUUUUUCAUUCUGUCUGCUUCACUCUGCUGACAAGUCAAGCCCACUUCUAGGUCAGUGCACAAACAGCGAACAUGGCACUGAAUGGAUCACCAUGUAAUAGACAAGUCUGUGCUAUAUAGUGCACUUGUCACAAACUAACACGCUCACUUUCACACACUUGCACUUGAUCUCACACGUCCUCGUAUCUAACCCUUAUCAUCUCACGACGCUGCUCUCGUGUAUCCUGCCUGUUUGCUUUAUUUGAGGCUAUGGGGUCUCAGUACUUCCCAGCACGAUCCGUGCUUUUCCAAAAGGAGCCGAGUGGAGUUACGUACCGUGUGCCUGCUUUGAUCUACAUUCCUCGUUCCAGCUGUUUCUUGGCCUUCUGUGAGGAGAGACUGACUCCGGCAGACGCUCAAGCACAUCUGCUGGUCAUGCGCAAAGGCACUUUUUAUAAAAACUAUGUGGAAUGGAAAGACAUGGAGGUGUUGAGUAGUGCUCGACUGGAGGGCUACCGCUCGAUGAACCCUUGCCCCGUUUAUGAUGAGUUUACGGGCACCGUCUUCUUGUUUUUCAUCGCUGUUCUGGGUCACACCUCUGAGUCUUACCAGUUAAUUACAGGGAAGAACGUGACACGUCUUUGCUAUGUGUCUAGCAGUGACCAAGGGGACACCUGGAGCUCUGUUACAGACCUUACCAGGACACUCAUAGGGGACACCAUCAAAGAGUGGGCCACUUUUGCUGUGGGUCCAGGUCACGGAACCCAAUUAAAAUCUGGAAGGCUAAUAAUCCCUGCCUACACCUACCAUAUUGACUGCAGAAAUUGCUUCGGCAGGAAGUGCAAGACUUCGUCACACUCGUUUUGUUUUUAUAGUGACACGCAUGGAAAUGUGUGGCAUUUUGGAGAGGCGCUGUCUGCGCCAGAGAGCGUGGAGUGUCAGAUGGUGUCGGUAGAUCAGGAAGAUGGAGUCAACAUUUUGUACUGCAAUGCCCGAAGUGUAUCAGGUUGCCGGGUGCAGGCCAUUAGUUUUGAUAAUGGAACUGUUUUUCACGACGGCCAGCUGGUGCCGAAACUGGUGGAGCCAAAAAAUGGGUGCCAUGGCAGUGUGAUUGGAUUUCCAGCCCCAGUCUACCAGCUCAGCCAAUCCCAACACUUUCUGAGACAGUUGAGGUCCAUCUACAGCCCACUGGCAGUCAGCAUAUCCCCAGCUCUGAGCUCUUCACAGAACUUCCUCCCUCCAACAUGGGUGGUAUAUACUCACCCUACAUGCUUGAAUGCCCGCCGUGACCUGGGUGUUUACCUCAGUCUUCUGCCUCGAGACUCAGACAGUUGGUCAGGACCGUGGAUCAUAUAUGAAGGCCCUAGUGCAUACUCAGACUUGGCCUAUGUUGAGCUGAUGUCUGCUGAUGCCACAGCGGUUGCUGUCUUUGCCUGCCUUUUUGAGAACGGCACAAAGACGGCUUAUGAUGAGAUUUCCUUCUGCAUCUUCACACUGUAUGAGCUAAUCGACCACCUUCCACACAACAAACAACAAAGAAGUGGGUCAAAGAAGAGGAAAAGAAUCUGGGAGUGCUGCUUUGUCUGCUGAUUGUAUGUGUAACCGUAAAAUUCACAAGAAUUGAAAAGCUGUCUCCUUUUAAAUUAUGGGUGUGAAUUUGAAUCUAUCUAUCUAUCUAUCUAUCUAUCUAUCUAUCUAUUGUUGUGGAAAAAUUCUUUAUUCCUUUAGUGGUGAGAAUGUAAUGAACCAAACACUCAGGAAAUGUCUUUGUUGAUUUUAUUCUUGCAAGAAGGUUGUUCAAUGCAGAUACAGAGUUCUACAGAGAAGAACACCCUCACACAGUGCUGGCUGUCUUAUAUACACCUAUUAUUGUUCCUUGUUACCACAAACCAAUCAUAACGCAUGUUACCAUAUACGGAUCAGAAGAAUAAGAAAAAAGAAAGUGGUCUAAAACUUAGCAGAUGCAUCAUUGAACUCCAAGCUGUCUAGAUAAACACAUUUGCACCUUUGCCUCGCUUCCUUUGUUAGUUUCAGAAGUGCUUCUUAAAAUACAACAGCAUAAGCAGUAAUUUCCCACUGAACAAGCUGUUUUAAAUGUCACAUAAGACAGAGAGAAAACAAAUUUCAAUGCAUAAUUUUAUAGAUCAAGAAAAUAAAUGAUAAACAAUAAAAAUUCCUCUACACUAUCUAUCUAUCUAUUUAUAGCCAUGUUUCCACUGCAGGAACUUUUUCCAUGAAUUAGGGAGACUUUGGGGUGGUACUCGGGGUGUUUCGACCGCAGGGACCAGGGUCUAAAUGAAGUUCCGGGUAAAAAUUUCCCCCUCAGAAAGUCCCUGCUCUUUAGGCAGUACUUUUUCAAAGUUCCAGAACAUUAGGGGGUAGGACUUGGGCACUGAACAUGCUGAUUGGUUGACUCCACUCAGCAUUUUAUUUCAACCACCAUUUUUUUUUAAGUCUGUUGCAGUGCGUGCAGUAAGAGUUGUUUGCUAUUCAAACCAACAAUGGAGUUUAAAAAUUAUAACUGAUGGACCAACGAUGAGGUUCAGACUUCAUUAAGCUUAUAUACGGAGGACAAAAUCCAGCGGGAACUGGAAAGUCUUGGCGAUGGAAAAGCAGACAGCAACAGGUCUGGGGGGAAAAAAGUUCCUGGGACAAAUUGUUCCAGGUAAUUUCGGUGGUUAACAAGGCUUAUAUUAACUUUUUCCCCGCCAUAGAUGGAAUUUUCCAGGAAUCCAUGUUUUCCCUGUUAUAUGGUAGCGGGUGCUAUUACACAUCUUCUGAAAGAGUACAGAAUCUCUAGAUCAAAACACAGGUAAAGAAAAAGCAGAAACAUGAUAGAAGCAUUGCUUAUGCACAUUGUAGUUUUUGAUUUUUAUUUGUUUUUUGCAAUUUUCUCAGCUUUUUGUUCAAAAUGUUUUUUCUGAAACUUACCCCCAUUCAAUUGUUGAUAAAAAAAGAAUGCGUGAAGCGAGAAUAAACUGUUUUCUUUUUGUUUAAAAGCAGAGGCUCCUAGGGGUGGGAAUCUUUAGUCACCUCACGAUCCGAUCUGAUUCCGAUUCCGAUUGUGGGAGUCACGAUCCGAUUCCAAAACGAUUCUUGAUCUGUUUUUUUUUUUUUUCCAUUAAUUAAUUAAUUAAUUACUUUACUGACUUAAAAACCUUAAAAUCCUUACAUUUACAUAUUCUUACAUAAGAAAUUAUAAGUAGGCAUACUUUUUAAAAUAAUUACAAAUUUAAAAAAAAAAAAUAAUUAAAACAAUUAAGAAUUUGAAACUAAUAUCAAAACAUCCAAGCAAGUAGCAAGUAAUAAAGAGGAGCAACGAAACAUAUUGCAAGCAAUAAACAAAGAGUGCUUUCAGUAUUUAAGAUUAUCUGAACGUUUUCUUUCUCGUGUUUACUGUCCUUUGAUUGUUACAUCAUAGACAGCAGGAGAUCUAAUAAGUUGCAUUCACGCACGGAUCUCUUUUGAAAUACAAUAAGUAAUGCGGUUUAUCCAGUCCAUUUAAUCCCUUAAGACAAAACUGGCUGUGUUUAGGCUACAUUCUUUUUGCGUCAUAAAACCAUUUUGAGACGCAAGUACAUGGAGUCGCGCAGAGCUACAUGCGCGAGCACUCUUCACAAAGCGUCAGCAUUUGAAAUUGAAAGCAGCCUUCUGUAAGAGAGAUUCAUAUUUUAAAUAUAAGACCACUGCAUUCCAAAUCACACAAAUGAUACAUUUGUAGAGCAUUUGUAAGGAAACUACCGACGGGUGAGACCUGUGCAGCGCAUCCUGCGCAGUGAAGACUGCGAAUGUCGCUUUAAUUCGCUUUAGUCUUUCCGAACUUUAUGAAAGAUUAUUUUACGGAAGGUUCGAGCGGUGUAUGUGUGUAAGGAAUUGGAAGCAAGCAGAAUCCGGGUGUUUCUAAAGCACACUCAGCGUCAUUGUGCAUCUGAAUAAAAACUAAGCUCAGAAUCGAUUCUGAAAUUCUCAGAAUCAAUCCAGAAUCGUUGGAGAGAGAAUCGCGAUGCAUCGAUGGAUUGAUUUUUUUUCUCCCACCCCUACUCUGUUCAUUUUUUGACAUAUUGUAUGUUCAGAUAUUCAUACAACAUUCUGGGGGCAAUGGCUAGAAACUUAAAAAAAAUAAAUAAAUAAACGCUGGCAUUUAAGAGACCACUGCACAAUUAGCAAGAAUUACUAUUUAUAUGUUUGUGUUUGAGUAAAAUAAACAUUUUUGUUUUAUUCUAUUACUCUAUUGUCAUUUAGAGCAUUUAUUUGCAGAAAAUGACAACUGGUAAGUUUUUUAAUACAAUAAAAAAGGCCAUGUUUUCAGACCUCAAAAAAUGCAAAGAAAAUUGAUGCUAAUAUUUUAACUUUUAUUCAGUACUUGGCCUCUGACAUUCCUUAAUUUCAUUACAUUAUUGUCAUCAAAAACUCAAAUGAUAUCUAUAAUACAUUUUGUUGCUUCGGUUCUGUUUAGCAGUUAUAUCUUAUCCAUUCUACACCACAUUGAUGGACAGGAAGUUCUUGCCCAGAACAGAUCUACACCACCAACCCAAACUGUAUGCUAAUUCUUUAUCAUCUUUGAUGGUAACAGUCCUGACAGAAUAUUAGAUUUUGUAUUGUCUCUGGUCAAGCAAUUACCUAAUACAAU